UGACACCCGAGCCUCCCGCGCCCGGUGCUGGGUCCGGCAGCCCCGGCGGUUCCGGUGCCGGCAGGUGCCGCUGUGGGCCGGGCGCGGCCGGGGGGCGGCGGCGGGGGCCGGGCCGGGCUCUGCGUCCCUCCCGCCGCGGCUGCCAGCGCCGCCGGCACCAUGGGCUGCUGCUGCCGCCUCCUCUUCCUCGCCCUCCUCCUCCUCCCGGCAGGACUGGGCCACGGCUCCCCGGAGUCACCCCUCAUCCCCAUCCGCCCCCCCUUGCUCUGGGGGGGCGCCCCGGUGAAACCAGACUCCAGGGAUGUCCCCACAGCGGCUCCAAGCCAGCCCGAGCUGCCUUCCUCCACGGCGCCUUCCGGAGACGCGACAUCCUCCAGGCCCCUGGACGGGGACGGCCGCAAUGCCAGCACCCCGGCGGCAGCGCUGUCCCCCGCUGCUGUCCCCGUGAGCCCCGCGGCAGAUGGCCCCUCCGUGUCCCCCAGCGCGGUGCCACCCGAUGUCCCGGCUCCCCGGACAGCGCACGCUGCCGGCCUGGCAAGGAGCACCACGGAUGUGGGAGCAGCUCCCAGCCCCUCAGGCCUGGCUGUGCCAUCGCCUCCCUCGUCCCUCACCAGCAGCCAUCCCGCCUCGCCUCCCGGCACGGGCCUGUCCCCGACGCCCGUCCUGGCGAGCCCGGCCGCCACCCGGCCGCCGCUGCCGCCCGAGGACGUCCCUUCCCUGGGGACACUGGCCGUGGCAUCGAGCCUGGCCACGGAGCCGACAUCUCCACCCGGGACUGUGCUGAGCGCCGCGGAAGGCGAGGCCGAGGCCUCGGAGAAAACCACCGGGGUCACCGUGGAGGAGGUGCCGCGCGCCCUGAGCGCAGGGAGCAUCGUGGCCAUCACCGUGACGGUCAUCGUGCUGGUGGUGCUGGUGUUCGGGGCGGCCGCCUACCUCAAGAUCAGGCACUCCUCCUACGGAAGGCUUUUGGACGACCAUGACUACGGCUCCUGGGGCAACUACAACAACCCUCUCUACGAUGACUCCUAGCAGGGAUGAAGCCAAAAAACCCCAAAAACCCUUAAUUUAUAAGCGCUUCUGCAGCAGAGCAUCCGCUGUCGAGGAGAUGCCGGGCACGGAGCCCCUGCCUCAGGCAGGAUUCCCACGGGUCUGGUGGAUGGCAGGAACUGGAGGGCAGUGCUGACAAUAAACCUGAAUUUUGGCCUUUGA